CAGCAAGUUAAAAAUAAGACUCGUUUUCUGUAAAAAGAACAUUAAACCAGCGGUCACAGGUCAGGACGCCGGCCUUUGGACCCGCGGGGCACGGAGGCCUGAACGGCUGUCAGAAGAAUCUAAGCUGGACUCACCUCCUCCCACCUUGGCUGCGGCAGAGAGGCCCCGGGGUGCGGAGCGGCGGGACCCGACGCGCCGGCCGGGCCGUCAGCCUCGCCGGGCCCAGGUCCCUCUCCCCGCCGGGGGCCAUCCCCGCGCCCCUGCCCCGCCCUCCCCGCCGGGGGCCCAUCCCUCCUCCCGCGCCCCCUCCCCCCGCCCGGGGCCCCCAUCCCCCUCCCUCCCCGCCCCGGGGGCCGGGGCCCGGCUCGGCCGCGCCCCUCCCAGGCUCCGGGCUCCGGGCUCCGCGCGCAGGAGCAGGUGCAGCCCCUCCCGCCCCCUCCCUCCGGGCCGCGCCCCGCUCUCCGGGUCCCCAGACGUUCCCACCCCUCCCCUCCCCCGCCCUCCUUCCCCGCCCCCAGCCCCGCCUCCCGGCGCCCGCGGCCCGGCGGAAGGACGCGAGGCGCCCCGAGUCCUGGGAGGUGAACCUGGCACCCCCAGCCCCGCGGCCCGGGCGCCGCCUCCCGCCCCUCUCGGCAUGGAGGCCGCGGGGCGCGCGCAGACGGCGCGGGACCGUGUCCCCAGGAUCGAUCCGUAUGGGUUUGAAAGGCCUGAGGACUUUGAUUAUGCAGCUUACGAAGAAUUUUUUUCCACCUACCUGGUGAUCCUCACCAGGAGAGCCAUCAAAUGGUCCAAACUUCUAAAGGGCGGCGGUGGUGUCCAGAGGAGCAUGACCGUGAAGCGCUACAUCCGCAAGGGUGUCCCGCUGGAGCACCGGGCCCGUGUCUGGAUGGGGGUGAGCGGAGCCCAGGCCCGGAUGGACCGGAACCCUGGCUACUACCAGCGCCUCCUGCAGGGGGAGCGGAGCGCCAGCCUGGAGGAGGCCAUCCGGACAGACAUGAACAGGACCUUCCCUGACAACGUGCAGUUCCGGAAGGACGCGGAGCCCUGCCUGCAGGGGCCCCUGUACAACGUGCUGCUGGCCUAUGGGCACCACAACCACGGCGUGGGCUACUGCCAGGGGAUGAACUUCAUCGCGGGGUAUCUGAUCCUGGUGACUAAGAGUGAAGAAGAAGCCUUCUGGCUGUUGGACGCCCUGGUGGGCAGAAUACUCCCAGCCGAUUACUACAGCCCCUCGAUGCUGGGCUUGAAGACGGACCAGGAGGUGCUCGGGGAGCUGGUGCGGACAAAGCUGCCGGCAGUGGCAGCGCUGAUGGACGGCCACGGCGUGCUGUGGACCCUGGUCGCGUCCCGCUGGUUCAUCUGCCUGUUCGUGGACGUCCUGCCCGUGGAGACGGUGCUGCGUGUCUGGGACUGCCUGUUCAGCGAGGGGUCCAAGAUCAUCUUCCGGGUGGCACUGACCCUCCUCAAGCAUCACCAGGCCUCCAUCCUGGAGGCCACCAGCGUCCCCGACCUCUGUGAGAAGUUCAAGGAGAUCACCAGGGGCCGCUUCGUCACCGAGUGCCACAGUUUCAUGCAGGUGUGACCGCUCCCUGCACGCUGAUGGGAAGCGACCCUGCUCUUGUUUCCUUGGGGGUCUCUACGAACUUGUGUAUUUCUGCAACACUGCAGUUUAUGCAUCAGAGUGCUCUCAAGUCCUGUCCCAGAACAUCUAGAAUCUCCUAGAUCCCACGUGGAAGCUAGGAGCACUGUAAUGGGAAGAGGUCAGCUGAACCCUCCAGAGUCUGUUCUCUGGCCUGAGUCACCCGAGACUUGCUCCCAGGGUCCCCCCCCGGCCCCUAGGCACCCUUCCUUCUCCUUGUUGUCAGGCAGUUUCUCUCUCACUGGAGACAAGUCUGAGCCCCUUCCUGCUUCCGCUUCUCGAGUCUGGUCUCUCCAGGCCCCGAGUAGGCUUCAGGGCUGCUAGGAGAGUCAGCAGUUACAGGGUCGGAACUCAAAGAACUCAGCACAGACAAGAAAAGCGAAAAUAGCCAACUGGACCACGUGGGGCUCGACAGCGUCUGUGCAGCAAAGGGAAGCGGUGGUGGAUGAAAAGCUGACCCCCCCGAACUGGAGAGUGCGUGUGCAGGCCACAUCCAGACACACGGAGACCUCAGCUGGACACGGAGCUGAGGGAUCCCGUUUAAAAAUGGGCAGAGGGCCCAAGCAGACAGUUGUCCAAAGACGUACAGGUAGCCAGCAGGUACGUGAAAGGGUGCUCACUUCCCUCAUCAUCAGGGAAACGCAGAUCAAAACCCCGUGUGACCUCACACCCGUCAGAACGGCUGGCAUCCAGAAGACCACAGACAGUGACUAUCGGUGAGCGUGUGACCAGGGAACCCUGGCGCAGCAUUGGCUGGAGCGUAAGAUGGCACGGCCACCGUGGGGAAGCGUGGAGGCUCCUCAGAAACUGGACAGAGCGCCGCUGUCUGACGCAGCCGUCCCACUGCGUGUUUCCCGAGAGGAAACGGGAGCAGGACCCGGGGGGGCCGCCCACCCGCGUUCCUGCCGUCAC